AUCGACAACAUUGGAUACAAGAACAAGAAUUCUCUUCAUUUUGUACAAAAAUAUCUCUUGAUUGCCCAUCAACUGUACUUGAAAGAUGACUCGUUUUCCCCCACAAUUUUCUGUGGCAAUCGGCGAUAUAAAAUUUGAGUGAUAAGCAAAUCAAGACUUUUUUUUUUCUUUUCUAUUUUGUCGCUCUUGCUCCCUUAUUAUCAAAAAUGACCUCAGUUACGGCAGAAACUGUAGAGAUACCCAAUAUUAAACCUGGCAUGUCUCAGGCCGUAAAAGACUGUUUGAGUGGAACUGUGGGUGGUAUCCUUCAAGUACUUGUAGGCCAGCCUUUUGAUACAGUAAAAGUUCGUCUUCAAACCCAAUCUACCACCAAUCCUUUGUACAGUGGCAUGAUGGAUUGUGUCAAAAAGACAAGAGCAAAUGAAGGAAUCACAGGAUUCUACAAGGGAACAAUGACGCCUUUGGUGGGAAUCGGUGCUUGUGUAUCUAUUCAGUUUGUAGUACUCGAGGCCAUGAAGCGUUAUUUCUCACGAAAUGAAAAGGGAGCAUUAUUGAGCAACGGUCAGUUGUAUAUAGCAGGUGCGGCAAGUGGUGUUGCCAAUUCCUUUGUUUCCGGUCCCGUUGAACACAUUCGUACCCGACUUCAGGUUCAGACAGGUGCUGGAUACAGUGGGCCUAUCGACUGUAUUCGUCAGAUCUACAAUUCUCAUGGUAUUAGGGGCAUCUAUAAGGGUCAAGGCAUCACUAUGGCCCGUGAGUUCCAAGGCUACGGUGCUUACUUUUUAGCAUACGAGUGGCUUGUUCAGCAAGCGGUGAAGAAGGAUAACUUACAGAGCAGAUCAGAAUUGCCUACAUGGAAGGUGUGUGCUUUUGGUGCUGCAGCUGGCUAUGCCAUGUGGUUUACUAUUUAUCCAAUGGACGCUGUGAAAUCCAAAUUACAGACUGAUGGAUUCACAGCUGAUAACAGACAGUAUCGAUCAGCCCUUGAUUGUGCUCGUCAAACAUUUGCAAAGGAAGGUGCUGCCGGUUUCUUUAGAGGUAUUGGACCUUGUUUGCUUCGUGCUGCACCAGUGAAUGCAGCAACAUUUAUGGGAUUCGAAAUGGCCAUGCGUGUUCUUUCAUAGACUUUUUUUUUUUUACAAUAAAAGCAUGUAUUUUCUUUAUCAUAAUUCCAUGUCUUACGCCCAAG